AAAUAGAGUGACGUGUAAUUGCUGCGGAGUCAAAACAUGGCAGCUUACAAUGUUUUCUCCAACUUUAUGGUUUUGUUAUUAUUUUUAUUAUCAUACGUUAAGUGUGUGGCAAAAAUUGAACCGAUCUCAAACAAAAGACUAUGUGCGGAUAAAGAAUGCAAUGUAAUUAUUUCUAAGGGCAAAGCCCUAGCUUCACAUUUGCAUAAUCAUCCAUCACUGUUACAAUUUAGAAAGGAUGAUAUCAUUGAAAUUAAGAGCAAAUCUGCAGGGGACAAUCCCAGGCUGUGGGGAGGAGUGUGUAAUGGACAGCAUGGUUACUUUGACAGAAAUUUUGUACGAGAAUUACAAGUGUUUGUGCAUAAUCCACAGUUUCUGGUCAAUACUGAGGUCAAACAGUUUGGUGAAAGAAGAAAACUUCCGCCCCCAUCAGAGAAGGCCAACAGAAGAGACCAUUUUGUAAAGGACGAAAAAAUCCUUAAAGAUGUUAAAGAGGAAUCUAAGAUUUCCGAUGAGCUUGAAGCAGCUACAGAUAGUCGAGACGAUCCAGCGGAAGAACAGAAGGACCCCAAAGAUUCUGAAUCAAACACAGAAAUCAAUCAAGAGGAAAAUUUGGAAAAAAAAGAAGAAGAGAAUCAAUCUGAUGAUGAGCCCUGGGACACUUUAGAUAAUGAUUACUUUGAAGUUGAUAGAGAUCGCUUUGACACAUCAGGUUUUGUGACUAGAAUAAUAGACUCCUUUAGAGCACUGAACCAGUUUGUGAAACAGAAGUUGUCAGUUGAAAGUGAGAAGGCUCCAGAAGGUAACAAAGAUGAUGCUGAUGCAGCGUUCCUUCCAAGCCCUGCAGACGCUGUUGAAGAUACUGCAUCUAAAAAAACUCAAGUGGAUCCUGAUGUCAAAGUUAAACAAGCAAAUGAACAACCUCUUGGGGAGGCAACAAAUGAACAACCUUCUAUUGAAUCGACUCCAGAAAAACCCUCUGUUGAAUUGCCCAAUAAAGACCUUUCUAUAGAAGCUACUAAUGAAAUAAAUAAUCCUUCCAAUGCGUCUGAAUCAGAAUCAGCAAUAAAAGAACCAGCUAUGGAUUUAUCAAAAGAGAAAACUGUCGAAAGGUCUAGUGACAACCCCUCUGUUGACUUACCAGAUAAAUCUGUUGAUUUGCCAGAUAAUUCUAAAACUAGCUUGAAAGAAGAGAGUGAUAAAUCAAGUACCACACCAUUGAACAAAGGUUCCAUUAUUUUGCCCAAAGCGUCUAGUGACUUGGUUGAUGGCGACUCUAUCAGUGAUCUUCCUCCUAAUGUCAAUGAAGUGAAUACAGAUGAACACGUGGACAGUAAUGCCCAAACACAGACAAAUGAAGAUCAAGAAGAAGAUCAAGUUGAGGAAAUCAGCACACAAGAUGUUGAAGUUGACCACGUCAUGAAGAGAAAUGAGCACGGAAGUAAGGUAGGGGAGAGUGGGAAAGCAACAUCCACGGAUGAAAAGGGCAAAUUUGUUGAUCGUAGAGAUGACAAUAUAUUUCCUAUCGAUGAGGAGGAAGAAGAUGGGGACAUAGGUACUGACAUUCCAGUGUACAGCGCUUCAUCCGUUUCUAAAGACGCUGGUCAAAAAGAACAGAAAACGACCCGAAAUGAGCCUCAGACCGUAGAGGUACCCACUGCCGAAUACACUGACCAAAGUGAGGACUCGGAAGAUAAGGAUGCUGAUGCACAACUUGACCAGCAAGUGAAAGAAGAAGAAGACCCUACAGCAGUGGAAGAAGAAGACGACCCUACAGCAGUGGAAGAAGAAGAAGACCCUACAACAGUGGAAGAAGAAGAAGACCCUACAACAGUGAAAGAAGAAGAAGACCCUGCAACAGAAUCGGAAGAAAAGAACAUUAUAGCUGGAGAGGUGGAACGGUUGACACCAACAAUUGCAGCUGAAGAUGUCAGUAAGAAUCACAGUGAUGAUGAAGAUAUAACUGCUGAUGCUAAACAAGUUCUGGGAUCUAACGCUGCUCUUGAAGCUGAAGAGAAGCAGGCGUCCGAUAAGAGUGAUAAGAUAUCAACCAAUGAGAAUUUAGCUAUGCCCAAAGUCGAAACUGAAUUUAAAAACGACCAGAGCAGCAGCGAAAAUAUUUUGGGGACAACACCCAACGAAAUGGAAAGCGAAACAUCCUCCGAAGUAAGGCCAGACACACCAUCAGGAGUGACACCUGAGCAAGGUCAAGUUGAUGACCCUUUAUCGACCAACGGCUCAAAAGAAUCCAACCACGGGACGUUAGAGCCAACUGCACUAAAAAAAAAUGACAAAAAGGAGACGGAUGAGACAGACCAGAAGCUCAACCCAGUUGACCUUGAGCUUUUUCAGAGAGACGAAGCCAAUGUGUUGCCAGGAGGUUUUGAGGGAUUCCUUCAACCCAGUAUCAGUGAAACUCAUUCCUUAGAUGAACCCAGCUCCACACCUGGACUAGACUCUGUUGUUGUGGAAAGCCUUGCUACGCCUCCAGUAGAAGAAAUCAAAUCAACAAAAACAUUGGAAGACAAACUGGAAACUGCCCAGGAAAUUAAGCCAGAUGUUCCAGCAGCAAACAUUUUUGAAACCAUCAUCGAGGCCGGCUCCACUCUCAUUUUAGACGCUGAUGGGAACAUGGUAACUGCCAUUCUGCCGGCUGACACUGUCAGCUCAGUUGUUGAGGUCUCAUCCUCCGUAAAUAAACCUGCUGUCACACCCACAGCUGUUGUGGAAACCACAGAGUCUUCCAGCAUGUCAGAUGCCAAGGCUGCGGCAGAGACUCGAGAUGAUGUUCUGCUACAUAGUUCAGUGUACACAGAGGUCAACAGCACUGUUGUGGUAAACACUGAUCACCAUCUACUGGAUACAGACACUAGCCAUAUCUAUAGAAGCAGCGAUUUCAGCAGCAGAAAAGUGCUGUCGGUAAACCACCAGCCACCGCAGCACUACACAGAACACCCUCAUGAACACAAGGACCAUGACCACACAGACCAUGAUCAUGGCCCUCACGAUCACAAUCAUGACCACGGCCAUCAUGACCAUGACCAUGACAUCCAUGAUCAUAGCCAUCACGAUCAUCCCCUAAAGCAAGAAGCUGCAGAAACUUCUCCUGUGGUUGAACCAACGUUAACCCCUGAGCUGACCAAAACCCAAAUUGCAAAUGCUGAAAGUUCUGCUGUCAAGGAAGAGCCAUUGAAAGAAGAGGCUGGUAGUGGCACUGAGUCUCAGAAUCUUGUUAGCAGUAAAGAAAUCAAUGUUGAUGAAAGUUUGCAGAACAAGGUUGAGUCCUCCACCCAGCCGUCACAAGAAUAUGAGAUACCUCAACCUCCAACGUCUGACAGUGGAGAGGACUCAAUGCCUCAAGACUUUGACUCUGGAAGUACUUACCACAGCAGAAAGAUGAGUAUUGAUGAGCUGCCUGAAGAAGAGCCAAAGCCGCAACCCUCCGAAGGAUUUCUCAAAACUAUGUUUUUAUUCCUCGAACUUCCUGCCAAAUUUGUGAUAGAAAGGCUUCCUCCCUCGGUGCAGUCUCUUUUAGAACAGGAGCCCCUGGGCCUCUCUCCGACACUCACUGUCAUGGUGGCGCUGUUUAGCAUCAGUGUUUUACUCACUGCUUGCUUAUCCUCUCUUUGCUCUUCAGGAGGAAAAAAAAGCAACAUUCGAGCCACUCUCGAUGUGAUCAAUGAAUUAGAAGCCAAACUUCAGUUGGCCGUCAAAGAGAAAGAGAACAUUGAAGAUUCCAUCAAGGAUUUCAAGACAGAGAACAUCAAAUUGAAAGAGGAAAUGACAAAACAGAAACGAGACUCAGGAAAAAAUCAAACAGAAAUACACACAGUGCAGCUCCAUAAUGAAACCUUAAAGAAACAAGUCCAUGCACUAGAGGCAGAGAUGGAAGAACUACGGCAGACUGCCAGCACCAAACAAGGGGAAGUGAAACAGACUAAUAAGAAGACUAAAGAAAUGGAAAAACUAAUCAAGAAGUUAGAAGAAAGAGAAAGAAAUUUGGAUCAAGAGAAACAAAAGCUGAUGACAGAACUACGUCACAAGGAAGAUGAAACAGCAUCGCUUCAAUCAAAAGUCAGCAGUUUGGCUGACCAGAUUGGGCAUCUCCAAACCAGCAAAGAUCAGCUCUUGUCAGAAGCAGAAGAUUGGAAAGAAAAAGUCACAGACUUGAAGGAAAGACUAGAACAGAGGGAGGAAGAGUUCAAGCAGAUGCAAGAAAACAUCAUGUUUAAAGAUAAUGAACUAGAGGUUUUAAAGGAUUGCUUCUUACAACUCAAGUCUUUUGAAGAAGGGGACAUUGACUCUGAAGAUGGAGAUGUUUCAAGUGAACGAGUCCAAGAGAAGCUGAGUGCCAUGAUGGAUGUAUCCAAAGUCAAUGCCUCCUUGAGAGCCAUAGAUGAGGAGAGAAACAUGUUGGCCAACAGACUGCAGAUUGAAAGUGAAGCUAGGAAAGAAUUGGAAGAGCAGUUAGAGAACUCCCGGCGUAGUGUUGAAUCCAGCAUGGCAGAUAAAAUGAAAGCUGAGAGGCAGUGCCAAGAAGCCCAAACGAAACUGAAUGUCUUGUCAUCGUACUUCAAGGAGAAAGAGAUGCAGCUGCAAAGAGAGCUGGGGGAACACGAAGCUUUAAAAAAACAAAACUUGAACAAAUUAGUUUCUGCUGACGAGACCACACGCUCCAUGCAACAGGAAGUAGAAAUCUUGAGAACCCAAGUGGAGAGCUUGAAGAGAGAACUGGCUUCAUCGGAGAGAGACUUCCGCUCACAGAUUGCAGCCAAUGAGAAAAAAGCUCAUGAAAACUGGUUGGCAGCCAGGGCAGCUGAAAGAGAACUGAAAGAAUCCAGACAUGAAGCUGGGGUGAUGAGACAGAAACUAACGGAUCUUGAAAGACGGCAGGUUAUGGGACCCGGUGGAUUAAUACGACCAUUGCCAACUAGGGGACUGCCACCACCAGGAAUGCUGAAUGGUCCUCCCCCACCUCCUGGAAUGGACAGGUCACCGUCCAGAAGUUCUUUACCACCGCUGCCACCUCAUUUAAGAGAUGAAGAGUUUCUACGGCGAGGUCCUCCACCUGGCAUAAGGCCUCCUCAUCCUGAAGCCAGAUCACCUCCCCUGCCUCCAUUCAAGGAUGCUCGUUCCCCUCCGCCUCGAAUGCCCCCUCCUGGCAUGUUGGACGGACGGUCACCACCGCCAUACGAUCGUCGACCACCGCCUCCACACAUGUUGGACAGGCGUAGUCCACCCUUUCGUAUGCCGCCCCCAGACAUGCUUCCCCAUCCGAUGAGAGGCGGGCCCCUCCCUCCUCCCCAUUUCCCUCGUGGCGGCUCCCCCUCUUCAGGAGCUGAUUCACCACAUUUAGACAGAGCAGAUGGCAGAUAUCCCCCACCAUAUGCUCGAAAUCCUCCAUUUCCACCAGACAGACCCUCACCUCGAGGGCCCGCACCAAGACAGCAACAGAGCCAGGUUUAAUGUUUCUUUAGUCUAGGUCAUCUUGGUUUUUCUAGGUAUUUUAUUCAGCCAACACAUUAGCCAAAUGAAUUGUUGAAGAAUAGACUGUUCCCAGAAAAUAGUCUUGUGGCAAUAUAUACAAGUUUUUGUGUGAUUGUGAUAAUGAAUGGGGUGUGACCUCUCAGUAUGUUGUUGAACUGUGUCCUGGCUCCAUCAAAUGAUGACUGUGCUACUGAAUGUCUCUCUGGAGGCAUUCAAGUCUUGAUUUGACGUCCUGCACACGACUCAAUUGUUCAUUGUUACUUAAGCCAUGUUUGGUGUAAAUAUUUCUUUACUCUUCAUUGAAUGAAUGUAGAUGGUGAUUGGAAUCAAGACCUACCGUCAUAGUAGACUUGAACAGGAACCCGUAAUGUGGUAACCUAUGGUCAGAGGAGACCAGUAGCUUUUUGCCAUGUCACAGGUCUGAUGUACAGACCUAUGAUGUGGCAACGAGCCAUUGGUUUACACUACCCACAGGUUGCGACAUGAUCAUUGUUGAGGCCUACUAUAACUAUUGGUCUUGUUGGGAUGUUCUUUCUUCGUUGCCUUGAUAUGUGAAUACAUUAUUUAUUUUAUGCAUUCUUUGGAAACCAAGAUGUUAACAAGUCAAGUAAUUUUUUAUUUUUUUUCUCUUUGAAAAUGCAUUAUUAGUCAUCAAACAUAAUUGAGCUUAGCGUUCAUGCAGGCUUUCCAACUUCUCACAUCGUUAUCAACUGAAAAUGUAGUGGGCGUGAGAACUUAUGCUACUACCACAAAGCUCUUAGGCCACAGUUUUAUGUUCAAGUAUGUUUUCUGUACGAUCCUCUGAGAAGUUGGCGUUCCUGUAUGAAAAGAAUGCUCCUUAAAUUUUACUGAUAUAUUCAAGUCUGAAUCAAAUGAACAGACAAAUGAUCACAUUGAUUGUGUUUAAUUCCGCCAGUCAACACAAGGUCGAUGUCUUUUGACUAUUCUACAUUGACAUUUUAAUUUAUUUGAUGGUGUGUGUGUGUCGCUAGAAACUCACUUAGCCUAGUUACCUUGGUUACGGCUUCAGUUUCAUUCAACUUGUUUCACUUGAAACUUUUUUAUUAAGAUUGUUUCGUGUAAAGUACUUGGAAUUUUGUUUUAUUGCUUAAAAUCAUUGCAUUUUUUUUAAAAGACAUCAUGACACUAUUGUAUCACUGGCUCAAGAUUUCAGUUCUGUGCUAACACUAGUCAACUCAAUGCUUUCAAUUAGAGUUUCUUGGAUAGUGAAAUACAGUUAUUGAUGAUUUGCUUUACAAAUGAAUAUUUGGCAUGAGUGACAGCAUCACUAUGUAUACUUCAUUCUUCUAAUCGAUGGCUUAUUGAGACAGUAGUAUUUGUUUGAUGGUAUUCACAUCUUACUUUGUGACUUCUGUUUGAACUCUCGAGAAUUCCUGGCAGGAACUGGAUGUCUUUCAGAAUAGUUUCCGCUUUUUCUUUUUGGUCAAUUCAGCCUUAGAUACUUUCUCUUAGAUUGUGUUCUAUGAAGCUCAGCUUAUGGUAUGCUGGCCUUAUCUGCCAUUGUGAUGCAGUGUUAUCAGGCCACUUAUGCCCACUGUGUGGGAAAUAGAAAAGGGGAAGAAGAUGUACUGACAAUGACCCCCCUGGCCAAACAAGGUCGGACAUCACUGUAUUGGGUGUAUGCUUUCAAAAGAAAAUUGUAUUCCCAUGAUAGUGCCACUGAACUUAUAUUGAAGAUUGCUUAAACUUAGGACAAAAUGGAUAAUGCCACAGAAAAACAACCCUUAUAUUGUAUACUUAUGAAAGAAGUGUAAUUCUGUUUUCUCCUAAGAAAUUUAGACACCAGUAGUAUCAGACAAUGAAUGUUACUUUAUGUCCAAAAUAGUUAUACACAGUUUCAAGGAGAUGGCUUUCAUCUAAAAAUAAAAACAAAAAAUUUAUGAAACACAAAAAUAAUAAAAAAAAUUUCAAGAGUAAAGAAUGCUCUUAUUUAUGCAAACUUGUUUGCAUUAUUUAAUUUACUGUUUAGCUCUUUGAUAAAGUAGCAGAUUAUUUGGUCAAAAAAUAAAAUCUGUAAGCUUAGGUUACAACGUUAAUUAUAAUAAAUUAUUGUCUGAAUAAAGUUAGAGUUAAAUAGUGAUGCUUUUGACAGAAGUUGUGACAGAAGUAGGUCAGCUUUAAUUCACCAGCUCUGUAUGACUGGCACCAGAGUUUCCUAUGUACUCCCUGGUAAUACUUGUGGAAGCUUCCCUCAUUGUUCUGGCUAGUGUUUAUAAUGUGUUGGCACUGUUAUGACAUUUGCAUGAUUUGUACCAGACUCUCGAACAUGGAGGAACUAUUUUGGUUUGAGGACAUGAAUUCACUUUAUUCUUUAAUUUAAAAAUUAAUUUUGGCAAUUUUUUUUUUUUAUUUAAAAUUAAUUUUGGCCACAAUUUUUUAUUAUAGUGAUAAAUAUUUUUUUUUUUUUUUUUAUAUUACUUAUCAUGUGGAACUUGCAGACUACAAUUUGAGGUUUUUUUUUGUUUUUUUUAUCCAGCAGAAUUACAUUUUCAAACUUUCUGUUUUUAAGCUUCCCUUAAUAUCUAUUUACUGCAAAUUGAUUAAUCUUUCAACAGGUAACUGAUCUAGUAUUUUAAAGCAGUUUUUUUUUAUAACAAUAGAAAGCAACAAUCGAAUACAAGAAAUUCUUUUAUCAACAAAAUAUUGUGAACAGUGUCAUUCCUUGUGACUCUAAUGAUUAGAUGUGUACUUUGUACAUCAGGGAAGGCUGAGCUGUGUGAUUGUGUACAUGAUCACAACCCAAAGUGUUUUUGUGUUCAGAGAUGGUGUGUUACGAGAGAGAGAAGACUGGGAUGUGUGUGUGUGUGAUCAUGUCAAUAUAAUGUUUGAUUUGGUGAAAUACAACUGUUUCUUAAAUACA